GUCUCAUAUUCCCAGAGCCUGGGCUAAUUAUUGGGAGGUUCAUGUGGAUAAAGUACAGCUCAUCCCUCCCUUCACAUCAUGUCCCCUACUCGUUGGCCACACUCACUGCAUGCUUUUUAAAUUCCCAUCACCGGCCUCUAGACGUCGUUUCCUUUUGCCUGCGGGAUGAUGGACAGCAGGAUACUGGAUCCACCUCACGCCCAGUUCGGAGGCUCUCUCGGCGGGAUGGUGGGCUUCCCGUACCAUCUGAGCCACCAUCAUGUUUACGAAUUAGCUGGGCAUCAACUUCAAUCUGCGUCCGCGGUUCCUUUCUCAAUAGACGGAUUACUUAAUGGUUCCUGCACGGCUUCAGUGGGCAGUUCCAACCCUCUCUUGUCUUCGGGCUGCGGGAUGAAUGGCGAUAAUCAGCACUACAAACUGACAGACUCGGGGGACCCAGACAAAGAUAGCCCUGGUUGCAAGAGACGGAGAACUCGCACAAAUUUCACUGGUUGGCAGCUGGAGGAAUUAGAAAAGGCUUUUAAUGAGAGCCACUAUCCCGACGUUUUCAUGAGGGAGGCACUGGCUCUCCGAUUGGACUUAAUAGAAUCAAGGGUUCAGGUAUGGUUUCAGAAUCGCAGAGCCAAAUGGAGGAAAAAGGAGAACACAAAGAAAGGUCCGGGUCGACCUGCUCACAACGCCCACCCCACCACCUGCAGCGGGGAGCCCAUGGACCCCGAGGAGAUCGCCAGGAGAGAGCUGGACAGGAUAGAGAAGAAGAAACGAAAGCAGGAGAGACGGCUGCUCAAGUCCCAGAACAAGCUCCUACAUGGGGAUUUAUUUCACACGCCGGGAUCAGACAGCGACAGCGGGGUGUCGCAUGUGACCGACAGUGACCACACCACAGGCCCGCCUUUUGACUCUGUGGGAGGAAACCAAACGCAAUCUAGCUGCGACCAAACACCUCACCCUCUCCAAUCCCAAAACCAGAACCAAAGACACUUGGACCGGGAUGCUGGCGGAUCCGAGCUGGACUCGUCAGACGCCAGCCACCGGUCAAGCCUGUGCUCCAACAACAACAGAGCCUCCGGCGUGCAGAAACUCAACCCUUUUAGCGUCGAAAGCCUCCUUUCGGACUCCAGACCUAGACGCAACCCCGCGGCCUUACCCUCCUCACGGCCUUUGAUAGGGAAAGGACACUUCCUUCUCUAUCCCAUCACACAGCCGCUUGGAUUCAUUGUUCCUCAAACUGCUCUGAAGACAACAACAGCAGUGAACUCUGACUGUGACACCCCAGCGGAGAGAAACCAGCCCAGUGUCCGCUGCAGCGUCUCUGCGGAAUGUAGGAGCAGCUCGCCGGACUCUGCAGACGCCACACAAAAGGGACAAGUGGGAUCAGAGGAAAAGACACGUUCACCGCACACCAGCCCGUCCAGGGCCGCCUUUCCCACUGGCAAAAGUACUCAGACCUCUGUUAUUUGCAGCGAUUCGACUUUCGCCCAUGAACACAGUCCACAGCUCAUCAAGGCUGUUGAUGCAGACAGAAACGAGCAUUUAGAGAAAAAGGACCACCCUGACAACCCCCAGUCUGUCCACAGUGACUGUCCAGCAGAAACAAUGACAGAUUCUAAAGAAGAUGUCAACUUGGAAUAAAUCAUUGGGGGUAAACAAAAAUCAACAAAAAAGAAAACAAGCAGAAACAUACUGAUAUAGCCUCUAAACGACACCUUUCAUUAGGCCAAAGCUUUACCAGAAACUACAUCUUUGCAUCUAAUCUCUAGGUUUCCCCACUCUGCUGAUAUUUCACAAUGGUUUGCUCUCUCUCCUCUCUCUCUCUCUCUCUCUCUCUCUCUCUCUCUCUCUGUCUGUCCUCUCUCUCUCUGUGUCUCUCUGCGAGUGUGUAUGUGUGUAUGUCAGGAGUCAGGAGUCUCUAGAUAUCCUUUAAUGUGUGAUAACUUGUCAAAAAAAAAACAACAACACAAGACCACGAGACCAACAAAAAUCCUCAAGAGCUGUAAAAAGGUAUUAUACUAUUUAUAUAUGUAAGGUUUUUCUUAAAUAAAUCUAUUGUA